UAUUAGAAUUGGGCGUUUUUAAAGUGGAGUAGAGUUGGGCUUUUAUAUGAUAGUAUUAGGCCCAAAAGUAAUUAUUUGGAAUGUGAGCGACGUCUCUGUUGGUGUCACCGCUUUCCCGUUUGUAUCCCUCAAAACCCUCCUUAACCCCACCCCCAACACCUCCGAUCCAAUGCUGAUUCGCCGAGCAGCAAUCCACCAUCUCCGCCGCUUCUCCACCGCCGCGCUCCUCCAGGAAGUGGACGCUCUUCCUACAUUCACUUACCUGGACGGAUUCCCCAGGCCCGACCCGAAGUACCACGAGACCAUCCAUGCGAUCCCACGCGAUGCCUCCGGUAAGAGCAUCUCGGCCGAGGAGAGGAAGGCCGGCCGCGUUCCGAGCAUCGUCUUCGAGGCGGAGGAUGGCCAGCACGGCGGCAACAAGCGCAUCAUUUCCGUGCAGAGCAAUCAGGUUAAGAAGCUCGUGAAUCAUUUAGGGCGGUCUUUCUUUCUCUCCAGGCUCUUUGAUCUCGAGGUCCGGCCGGAGUUCGGGUCCGGUGAGGUUGUGGAGAAAGUCCGAGUAUUGCCUCGGAUGCUCCAUCUUCAUCCGAGCACAGAUGCGGUGCUUAAUGUUACAUUCAUAAGGGCUCCAUCUAGUGCUUGGUUGAAGGUUGAUGUUCCUCUAGUAUUUAGAGGAGAUGAUGUUUCCCCUGGGCUCAAGAAGGGGUCAUCUCUAAACAUUAUCAAGAGAACUGUGAAGUACCUUUGUCCUGCAGAUAUAAUCCCUCCCUUCAUAGACGUUGAUUUAAGUGAGCUCGAUGUUGGCGAGAAGAUCGUUGCUGGUAAUCUUAACGUUCAUCCUGCUCUCAAGUUGCUAAGAUCGAAGGAUGAAGCUGUCGUCAAGAUAAUGGGCGCCAGGGUUUCCGAGCAAAGGAAAUCCAAGUAAGUUGUCAGGUUCCAAAUUUAGUCUUUUGGUAGAGAAAUCUUCAAUUGAAAAGAAUCCCUUAACUGUAUAAGGCCACGCAGCCGAUAUGAUCUUUCCAUUUUUGCGAUUUAGAAGAGUUGCUUUAGCUGAAUUCUAUCUAGGAGCGAUUUUUCCCUCUCAUCUACAAAGAAAGCGUGGUGUUAUUGAAGCCUACAUUUUUAGGGGAAAUUGUAUCCUAUUAACAGCUUUCGCAUCGAUGAUAAUGAUAUAAAAAAAAGUAGUGUUUUCGCAGUUGAUCAAA